AGCGAGAAAAAAAAAACAAAAAUAGCACAUUUUUGAGUUUUAAUAUUUUUUGUGAUUUAAUGUAUUUAAACGAGUCGAUUUAAUGGUUUGACAAAGGAAUUAUAAGCAUAAUGUACCGCUUAUUGGGUUACAAGAGUUCACAAAACGUGCGGUUAUUGAUUAACCGAGGAAAAUGCAUUGAAAAUACAACGCAAAAUUUUCACACAUUACUUAAUCAUAAAAAUCGUCUUCUAGCCAUAACUGAUAAGCCAAAAGUGCAGCAAACUGUAUCAUCCAGUAGUAUUAUUAAUGCAGAAUUGCUAAAAAAGAUGGUCAAAAGGAAAAAGAGGAAGAAGAAGUAUACAGAACUGUUACAAGUAACAAGCAGCUCAACGAAGGAAACGACCACACUCGUGCAAAAUCUCAAGGCUAAAAAAUUGUCAAAUUUCAUUGAAGGAACGAGUCAGUCAUUAACAUCCAGCACAAAAAAUAACAAUUUACCACAAGUAGGUAGUUCAGAAUCCAGUGAUGUCCACAAUCAUCUUCCAAUAGUUUUUGUUGAUGACAAUAUUAAUGAAUUAAAAUUAACAUCAGAAAGAUUGAAGGAUAUAAUUGAUAGUUAUAAUGCAUAUAGAGAUAAUACAAAUACAGAAAUAUCACAUGAAGGAGCUUUAGAGGCAACAGAAGCUAUUGAGGAAGAAGCAGCUGCCGAGGAACUGAUUGAAGAAGAUGAACAUCACGAAAUUAUCCCAGAAAUUAUUCCCCAAAAGAUCCCAAAGCUUAAAACUCGAUUUCAAGGCUCCGGUGGAUCAAAAAUGAUUGAUAUGGAAUUAAAAAUGAAACAAAAGUCUUUGGCAAUAUCAUUGCGUGCCUUUAUAGAUUGUUGUGUCCAAAAUGGAAUGGUUAAUCGUGGAUACUUGUCUAUUAUAAGAUAUCGAUGGAGAUGUAAAAAGGCUGGAAUGUAUGGAAUUAAAAUAACUGAUGUGACUAUCUAUAAUCUACUAAUGCGUGGAUAUUCUGAGAAAGAGAACUUCCUUAAAUUAAAGGAAAUCAUGGGAAUAAUUAGAGAAGAUCAUUUAAAGCCAAAUGAACAAACUUUUGCGACAUUACUUGACUGUCUUGGACGAUUGUCACACAAUGACUUAUCAUUCGCUAAGAAUAAGAUUGAAAACUUCCAGGAAUUAGAUCAAAACAUCCAAAAAGUCUUAGAUGAAGCUGCUUAUAAUAAAAUAUCACCAAAUGACAUUAUGGACAAGACAAUUUUCGUUAAAGAUCAAAGAGAGAUGGUUCUGCAUGCUAUUCGACGAAUUAAUCCUGACUUUAUACCUGAACAUACAAAGCCUGAACUUUUGUACAAUAAUCACUUAGUUAAUUCUUUAAAUGAGCAUGUCCAGCCAAUAGAAUAUCAUCCAAUUAAGAAUUUACAUGUUAAAUUGCCUGGAUCUGAGAUUAUGGAAAGUAAGAAAGGAUUUAGUCGUGAUGAUUUAGAGAAAUGGGGACGUGAACAGCUACUGAAUGAGCUUAAUGGCGAAAUCACAAUUAAAUCAAUUUUAAAAUAUCCAGAACCGACACCAAAAGUUCUAAGUUACCGUGAGAAGCUUAAUGAGCUUCAUAAAAAAUGGCGAGAAAGUAUAAUUUCAAGCUUUAAUCGUGACUUUAAUGUUUUAAGGAUGGAGGAAUUAAGACUACGUGGAAAUCAAAAUUUAUUGCCAUAUUUGAGGACAUUAGAAGUUGAACAGUAUGCGGAUAUAUUAUUGAAUGAGAUUCGUCGCUUAACUGAAGGAUCCGAGACUUAUAGUCCAUAUCUAUCGCAACUUUAUCGUAGUUUAGGUGAAAAAGUGGAAAUGAGAUUUCAUAUCGAGCAGAAAAUGAAGCUUGGCGUUCUGCAGAAGACUGGCGAUGUUUUUGGAAAUUACUGUGAUGUUUUAGCUGCUGGAAAUUCUAGUGACAAUUCAAGGCAAUGUUGGCAACGAAUUGUGUAUCAUUCGAAGGAUGAUGGUGCUAGUAUGGAUUUUCAUCAUCAGCUAUGGCCAAUUGGAGCUAAAAUUGGUGUCGGAAAGUUCCUUUACAAUAUUCUCGUUCGUGACCUUAAAUUGGAUCCGAAUUUCCUCAAAACUGGCAAGCUACAGUCGGAAAAUUUAAUUCCAGCAUUUUUCACACUUUUUAGACAUCAAGCUAAGAAUGUUAAGGAAGAGCUUAAACCACAUCCAAUGCUUAUGAAAUUAUAUAGAGGAUCACAGCAAGAAACGCUGACUUUUGAUGUGAAUUUAGUUCCAAUGGUCUGUCCACCGCAACCUUAUUGGACACCGAAAAAUGGUGGAUAUCUAGUAGCUCAUUCUGACUUUCUUCGAUUGCCUCCAAACAGUUAUCAGCAGUUAGAAUUAAUUGAUGAUAUUCCAGUUCCAAAUUUAUAUCCAAUUUUUGAUGCAUUGAAUCAGCAACAAAGUGUAGCUUGGAGAAUAAAUACAGAACUGUUGGAUCUAGUCAUUAGUGUGUACAAUAAAGGCGGUGAUGAUAAAUUGGAUAUUCCUGAAUUACCUGAUAAUUUACCACCACCAGAAGCGCCUGUCAAUGACGGAAGUCUCUCGAAUUUUGAUAAAUUUAGGUACUUUCGAGAGAAAUUAACGCACAGAAAGAAGCAAUCUGAAAUGUAUUCAUUAUGGUGCGAUGCUCAUUACAAAUUGUCACUAGCGAAUCAUUAUCGAGACAGAAUCUUUUGGUUGCCACAAAAUCUUGAUUUUCGUGGUCGUCUUUAUUCGAUUCCGCCUCAUUUGAGUCAUCUUGGUGCUGAUUUAGGACGUUCCUUGCUAAUGUUUCAUCAGAAAAAGAAAUUGGGCGUUGAUGGAUUGUCAUGGCUUAAACUUCAUUGCAUUAAUUUGACAGGAUCAAAGAAAAGAGAUUCGGUUAGGGAACGAUUGCUUUAUGCUGAGGAAGUUCUUGAUGAAAUCAUGGAUUCAGCUGAUAAUCCACUUGAUGGACGUCGUUGGUGGAUUAAAAGUGAUGAACCGUGGCAAACACUCGCUGUUUGUAAGGAAAUAACAAAGGCAAUAAGAUCUGGUGAUCCUGAAAAUUAUGAAAGCUGUAUUCCUGUGCAUCAAGAUGGAUCAUGUAAUGGAUUACAGCAUUAUGCAGCGUUAGGACGAGAUACAUUAGGUGCAAACAGUGUAAACUUAACGCCAAGUGAACGUCCACAAGAUGUGUAUAGUGAUGUCGCACAGCUUGUGGAACAGACUCGACAAAAGGAGGAAGACAAUAAUGUGCAAGUUGCGAAAAUUUUACGCAAUUUUAUAGCUCGAAAGGUCAUCAAGCAAACAGUCAUGACAACAGUUUAUGGUGUGACUAAGUACGGAGCAAGAUUGCAGAUUGCCAAACAACUUAAAGACAUUGACGACUUUCCUAAAGAUUAUGUGUGGUCAGCAUCAACAUUUUUGGCGACAAAAACUUUCGAUUCCAUCCGUGAAAUGUUCUGCAGUACACGUGAAAUCCAGGACUGGUUUGUGGACUGUGCACGUUUAAUUUCGACAGUAUGCAAUGAGAAUGUUGAAUGGGUUACGCCUUUAGGACUUCCAAUUGUACAGCCUUACAGCCGUGGUAAGGUAAAAAGCGGAAAGAAGCUUGAUGAGAAUAAUGUCAUGAGCAGAACGCCAAACGCAUUAAAGCAGAAAAAUGCUUUCCCACCAAAUUACAUACAUUCGCUUGAUUCCUGUCACAUGAUGCUUACGUCUGUGCAUUGCGAGAAAAUUGGACUGAAUUUUACAUCUGUGCAUGACUGCUAUUGGACACAUGCUUGUACAGUGCCUGAAAUGAGUAAAAUUUGUCGCGAACAGUUUGUAGCUUUGCAUAGUGAGCCGCUUUUAGAGGAUUUAUCGAAAUUUAUGGUCAACAAGUACAGUUUUUCUAAAAAUCAACUAUUGUCCGAUGGCUCAGUAGAAGACAUGACAAGACGAAAAUUGAACAGAGUUCUUACAAUGGUGCCUAGAAAGGGUGACUUUCAACUCGAAAAUGUCCUCGAUUCCAUUUAUUUCUUCAGUUGAAUGCAUAUUCCUUAUUUUUUAUGAUGAAAGAAAAGAUUUAGUUUAUAGAUCUAGUCAAAUAAAAGUUUGAU